GACGCAUCAUCAAGUCCUUACACCCGGUCUCUCUGACCAUGCUCACCUUCUAGGAGCAGCAAUGAAGCAAGCUCGAGUCUACAUCCCAGUCUAAAGCUGUCAGCAGAUCCUGGACUAUCCCUCUGUUCUCAGCUCGUGAUGUCACAAGAGACCAAUAUCGGCGGCAGCCAUGCCUCCAUCACCCUGACUGAACCACUGCGCCGCGGUGGGCUCAGCAGUGGCUCGGGAGGCAGCGGCAAAGCCAGCGAAAGCGGCAGCAACCGGUCCGGUAGGGCUCACAGAGGCAAAGAACCUCGAGACCAACGCAAAAGAGAUGACGGAGCUGUACGGUCUGUCCGCCACACCCCGGGAUGGGGAGGAGGGGCAGCAAAGCAAGACAUCCCUCACCCCCUAUCGCAGCAGCCACGUACAGGCAGCCCUAGCCAAUCGGUGUCGCUCAUGAAGAGAGGCAAAGCAAGUGAUGCAAGUCCCUCAGAGCCGCAAGCUAGCGCAAACGAACUGUCACAUAUCCCGUCGCAGCAGCAUGAGCUGGAUUUGCCCAACGUGCAGUCUCGCCCAAGCGGAAUCCCUGGUACUAUCCAGUCGAAGCAGCACGCCAAAUCUGCCAAUGACAGUGCCAUACGAGAUGACCCGAAUUCGACGACGGGGAGAUCUGGAGGCCUCAUUCAAUUGCCACUUGGAACCGAGACUAGGACUGAAGAGCAGACGAGUACUCGAAGCAACAAGGCACGCCCGCCUCACGGCAAGAGCUCGCAUCCUCAAGGAGGGGGUCACAAAAGUCAUCCCAGGACUGGAAGCGGGAGACGGCAAGACUCGCUUCGGCACGAACAUUUUGAUCGAGGUAACGAGUCUCGGAUGGUCUCGGCAGAAGGUAGUCAGCCUGGCGGUCAGCAGCAAUUGUUCGACCCAAAGCGUCAUAAUGCAGUCUCUUUCUCUCGGAGCAUUGGCACCGUCAGCUCGGACGCUCGGUCCUCCGCAGCUGGAAGCUCUAUCACCACAGCUCCGACCUCAGCUACAUCUGCUACGUCAUACGACAGUCGAGACAGGAGAAAGAAAGGUGACGUUACGGUCCGCAAAGACGACAGCAGAAAGUCAUCUCCAGAUGCCAAUGGCUACGUCGUCGAGCUUAAACGCAUCUACCGAGAUAUCAAUACACUUGAGGCUAAGCUCAAGGAAGAGCAUAGCAAAGCUGCUCAAGCCAGAGCCGAAGAGUCUGCACAGACAGCCAGUCGUACGCAUGCUCUGGGCCGCCUUCCGGACGGCAAAUUCGAUCAUGGCUACUGGUUGUCGUUAAACGAGCAGUCUCAAAAGCUCAUUGGUCUGUACGAAGUCUUCCUUGACCGCGCUUUGCGGCCAGGUCUGCCCGCCUCAUUGGGCUCACUUCCCCAAGAUUACGACAUACCUCUCAGACUGUGGAAGAAUGGGGUGCACCUCUUCCUGGAGCACCUCCGCCUCGAUCUACCCGACUUGAGUGGUCGCAAUGGCGCUCCUGCUAGGAGUCAAGGAGACGUCAGCUUCCAGGCUGCAAUUUUGGAGCUCAUGGUGGAUUUCAUACAGUUCGCAUACAGCUUCUACACUAAUGUUCUGGAGGCCGAGCAUCUUCGGCCCUUCAAAACGGUUUGGCUGGAGAAUCUUGGCGACUUGGCACGUUGGCGUAUGGGAGUAGCUGAUCUUCACGCUGCCUCCUCGACGGCAUCAAAAAGCAUCGACGAGUCCAACCUCGCCAAAGAGGGCUUCGACGUUGCGCGUAAGGAUGUCGGUCUACCCGGGCCGUUGCCGCUUGAUGACACUCCCAGGGACGAAGACCAUCCUGACCGCGCCUCGAUUGGAGAAGCCGCACUGGACGAUUGGGACUUUGAUGAAAAGGAAGUCUGGCGCACGACUGCCGUCGACUGGUACACUCAAGGACUUGCGGAGAUGCCAGGGCUGGGCAAGCUCCAUCACAGCAUCGCGCUCUUGCAUCGCACCGACGAGCUCAGGUGCUUUUAUCAUCUUUGCAAGGCCCUGACGGCUUCACAGCCCUACCUUGCAGCCAGGGAGACCGUUGCAACCAUCGCCUUGUUCGGCCCCGAGCAGCAGAAACGUCGUACUCGGCCCGAUGCAGGCUACAUCGACUUGCUCCUACAUCUUCAGGGCAUGCUCUUCGCUCGCGUCGAGCUUGAUCAAUUCGAGUCAGUGUAUGACAGGCUCAUUGGGAGACUCGAAGCGCGAAUGCAGUCAACGGAAGAAGCGCCAAUUGAUGAGCCGACCUGGAUGAUGGUGGCAAGUAUCAACAUCGCUGCGCUCAUGCAGUAUGGAGCAGAGGAUGCAUUGCUCGCACUGAUGUCGAAGGGCACACAGAACGAGGUUGCAAAAGGGGAAGGCGAAGGCGAGGGUGCAGAGCUAGCUGUCGGCAACUCAACAUCUAAGCCUGCUGUCAGCACCCAAUUUCCUGUGCUGUCGUCCGAGCUUCUUCAGAGUAUCGAGGACGACCAGCCUCCAGUAGCUCUUCAACGUGCUGCGACACUUGCUUUUGGAAUUCUACAACACGUCAUGUCCCAAAAGGGGAAACCUCUUACAACUGCUGGGCCUUACGUGACCAUGCUCUUCACGUUCCUGUUUCGCCUGGCUAAGCAGGCUCCUACAGUCCCUGCUACCAUAAAGCCUACGCCAUCGUGCUUCAUCAGCCGUUUCCUUCCUUGGCGAGACUUUGCGAGCUACGCCUUGCCAUCUACGUUUGUGUCCAGCUCUGCUGCUUACCUGCAGAAGAUCAGCAGCGUCAGUCCAUUGCCAGAGGACUGGUGCCUACGCGGUCUCUCUUGGGCAGGCCGGAAAGUAUUUGAAAGAGACUAUUGGAAGCCGUCCAAGAAGCGCAUUGCGCAGGCAGGCUCUCCUUCUCGAAACGAUACUCCCACCUUUGGCUCUGAAUUCGAAGUGCUCAAGCAAAACAUCGAUGGAGAGCAAUUCGAAGAUAAUCUGCCUCAAGGGACAUCCGCUACUGGCGCCGACUAUGCCCCUGCAGACGUGGCUCAGCUGCGUAGUGGCAGGGUUGCUCUGACUCUGAUUGCCAUUGCUCAGCAUAUGCCAGGAUUCGACAUGGUUGAAAAGGACGGGGAGACGACGUUCGAAGUACGUGCUCCCCUAUCCGAGGCCAUUGAGAAGUGGUCCCGCAAAGAGGAGGAGAGUCAUGGUGUAUCUGACUUGACUCAGGUCCAGCAGCCCCUUGAUGAGGCCGAUGGAGAUCGACAGAGCGCCACGCACGUCGAUUUGGAUACAGACACAGAUGGGGAUGAAGACGAUUGGGGGAUGAGCGAGCUCAUUGCCGAAGAGACGGAUUCCGUCGAGGUAAAGGAGCUCAAAGCGCGACGGCUGCAACUGCUGAAUAUGCUCGAUGCUGCUCAGCCACGUAGGCCACAGCGGACAGAGGAGAUUCACUCUCAGAAAGCCAAAAAGCCUAGCGGUGAGACUCGACGAGAGCUCUCACCGGCCUGCAAGUCUGUCCCAGGCUACACGAUUCUCCUCUUGGACACGAACAUCCUCCUAGCGAGCGAUGACUACCUGCGCCAUCUAGUCGAGUGCAGGAAAUGGACAGUCGUGGUUCCCUUGGCCGUCAUUACUGAGCUGGAUGGGCUAAAGAAGAAUAAGCCGCCGCUGGGAGAGGAGGCAGCCAAAGUGUUGAGCUAUCUGGAGAAGUCGAUCAAGCCAUUGGGCAAAUGGCUGAAAAUCCAGACGAGCAAGGGAAGCUACCUCAAUGACUUGAGCUUCCGCAGCGAAGACAUUGAUUUUGCGGGCAGCAGCGACAGCGGCAGAAGUGCCGGUGCGGGAGGGGAGAGAAAGACGAAGGCUACGAACAGCCAACAAGGCUCUCCGCAACUCAGCACCCGCCUCCUGCCUCCAACCUCCUCCACCUCGCCCACCAUUGCACAAGGCGAGGUGGUUCCUCUUGCACGCUCCCUCGAUGACAUCAUCCUGCGAUCCUUCCAAUGGCAGUCUACGCACUUUAUCGAUCGUCUCUCUCUACUCAGCUCUAGUCACGAGGAAGCAGCGCUUGUACGCGCCGAGAAGAUCAAGAGUGAUACGCCCAAAGUGGUACUGGUGACUAUGGAUCGAGGGAUGAGAUUGAGGGUCAAGGCUGCAGGUGGGGUUGCGGCGGGAAGAGGGGAGUUUGUGCAUUUGUUGAGGAUAUCCGGGUGGAAGGAGGAGGGCAGGUAGACUGAGUGCAGAGGAGGAGCAGCACAGGG